AUGGCGCCGAAGAGAUCUGCUGCGAAGGGGAAGGUGGACGAUGCUGCCGUUGGCGAAACGGAGGUCCAUGGGUGGAAGACAAGUCCUUCGUCAAGUCGGACGGCGUCUGACGUCCAAGAGCGGGCGGAUGAGCCAGCCGUCGAGUCUGUGGGAACUCGGAAGCAGAGUGCCAUUUCUGCUGGGAGUAGUGACAGGCCUUCUUCUCCCUCCAAGAGGCGGGCGGUGGGCUCUAUCGUGAGCCCUGUUGACUCGACUCCUGCUGCUCCGGCGGAGUCUGGCAAGAGCGGCUCUGCUAAGGGGCACUCUGCUAAGGGGCAAAGCGCUUCGAGACAGAGCGUAGUCCCGAAGUUUGUCAAGGCGAAGAAAUUCGUGCUGAAGCACUCCUCUCACAGCAAUCCGGAUGUUCUGGGUUUUGACGAGUCGGAGAAGGGCAUUUUUUAUUCCCUUAGAAAUAUUGCCCGGUUGCCUUGGGAUUCACCAAAAGAGGGGGAUCAGUUGGCCGAUUCCGCUGCUAGCGCGGUGGGGGAACUGCCCAUCGGGGAGGCGGGCAAAGAGUCUCCUGCCGCUGGUACUGACAAACAGACCGAGGAUCAGCCGAAAAGUCCCUCAGCUGUAGCUAACGUUGAUCUGAUUUCGCUGGAGCCAUCGCAGCAGGAGGCAGAGAAGUCAGUCGAGGGAUCGACUGCUGUGGUUCUGGGGAUUCUGGACUGCCAUUCAGCUCUUGCCAAUCUGGCCAAGCAAGUCACGGAGCAAGCAGAAUUCCUUCGGCGGACUAGAGAGGAUCUCCGGUUGAUUAUGCUUGAGAGGAUGGCUGCUCUCGAGAAGUCAUCUCGGGAGCAGCUAGAGAAGGUCAAACUGCUGGAAGCUCGGGUGGAGACUUUGGAGCAGGACAAUUCUGCUCUGAAGGAGAAAUCCUCCAAGCUGCAGGAGAAGGUCAAGACUUCUGCCAAGGAGAAGAAAGAGCUUAAAAGCUUGUUGUUGCGAAAGGAUAACGACGUGGCUGAUCUGCCAAAUAUUAUGUAUCGUCACACAGAUGCUGUGGAGAAACUGACCAAGCUCAAGGCUGACGCUGACAAGCAGAUGGUCAGCGAUAUGAAGCAGAUCAGGGACUUGGCCGCUGAUCGUGACCCGAAGGCUUAG